AUGGAAGAGGAGGAGGCGAAAAUCGCAGCAGCACGAGAGAAGCAAGAUGCAAAACACAAUCGGCGACUGGCUGAAGAACGCGCGAAAGUUUUGAAAGGCGGCAAGGAUGCCGUGGACAGCAAAUUUAAAGCACUCGAAUACCUUCUCAGUCAGAGCAAGUUGUACUCGGCGAUCAUGUUACAACAGAUGACACAACAAGAGGAUGAGCAGGCUACCAAAAGCGCGAAGGGCCGUAUGCGGAUACAGAACCAAGAGGAAAAGGCCGACAAAGCUGCGCAGGCGAGCCAGAAGAAGGCGACACGUGCUUCGACGUCGGCUGGCGAGACCGGAAUGACGGAUGAGCAGCAGCAGAAUGCCUCUCCAAAGCGGCGAGGUCGCCCCGCCAAAUCUAAGCAAGGCAAUAAGAUCGCCGACCAUAUAAAGAAGGAGGACGUUCAAGCGAAGGCUGGCCAAACCACAAUCUCGGAGGUCUUGGCGGAAGAAGCGAACUCCUCUGAUAUCAAGGCAAGCAGCAUUGGCAUGCAAAAUCUGCGAUCCGCGAAACAGCCCGAUCUAGUCACUGGUGGCCUGAUGCGUACGUAUCAACUGGAAGGUUUAGAAUGGCUGACAUCGCUGUACGAAAACGGGUUGAAUGGGAUCCUUGCAGAUGAGAUGGGCUUGGGAAAGACGAUUCAAACCAUUUCAUUCCUGGCAUUUCUGAGAGAGAAAGGGAUUCACGGUCCCUUUCUGAUCGCCGCUCCACUCUCCACUACAUCCAACUGGGUGGCUGAGUUCAAGAAAUGGACUCCUGAUAUCCCGGUUGUGCUGUACCAUGGCAGCAAGCAGGAACGCGAGGAAAUUCGACGCAUGAGACUGCGAAACCCUGGAAGCACAAUGUUUCCUGUGAUCUGUACAAGCUAUGAAAUAUGCAUGAACGACCGGAAACAUCUUGCUCACUACGGCUGGAAAUAUAUCAUCAUCGACGAAGGCCACCGAAUCAAGAAUCUUAACUGCCGCCUGGUGCGCGAGCUUCAAUCUUAUCAAUCGGCGAACCGAUUGCUCAUCACGGGAACACCUCUGCAGAACAACUUGGCCGAAUUGUGGUCUCUUCUCCACUUUCUCAUGCCCAACAUCUUCGACAAAUUCGAAUCGUUUGAGUCGUGGUUCGAUUUCAGUGCACUGAAGGAAAAGAAUGGCUUUGAACAAAUUCUCUCAGAAGACAAGAAGAAAAAUCUUGUCACGAGUCUACAUGCCAUUUUGAAGCCUUUCUUGUUGCGAAGAGUGAAGGCCGAUGUAGAGACAUCGUUGCCCAAGAAACGAGAGUAUGUGCUAUACGCACCUCUAACAUCGACGCAACGGGAUCUUUACCAAGAGAUCCUCAAUGGUGACAGCAGGGUAUUCUUGGAGAACAAGAUGGUCGAAUCGCUGAGCGGCAAUACAACCCCAGUGAGUACACGAAGCGAGAGUCGCAAGCGAAAACUUGACGUUCAGAGCGCGACUCCGAACAAGAGUCUCAAAUCCAGUCGAGCGUCAACUCCUGCAACUUCGAGAGAUUCUCCGCCUCGCUCACGGAGGGCGAAGAACACCCAGAAUUACGAAGAGUUAUCUGACUCAAAAUACUUUCAGCGGCUUGCAAAGGAGCCAGCAUCUCCGCCAGAAGAGGAGUCCGAUGAAGUGGAUAGCGAUACUGACCGUCGAGAGAAGACUCUAGCGCUUGCGAAGCGAGAAAUCUCACAGAAGAAGCUCCAGAAUCCUAUAAUGCAACUCAGGCAAUGCUGCAAUUCACCGCACAAUUUCUACUACCCAUUCGACAUUGACGACAACACGCCGGUCGACGAGACACUCGUGACCGAAUCCGGCAAGAUGUUACUGCUCGAUCAACUGCUACCAGAGCUAUUGCGGAGAGGGCACAAGGUCCUCAUCUUCUCACAAUUCAAGAAUCAAUUGAAUCUGCUGGAGACGUAUUGUAAUGAACUACGCCAGUGGCCAACAUGUCGAAUAGACGGUACAAUCGCUCAAAAUGACCGCCAACAGCAGAUUCUUGAUUUCAAUGACCCGAAGAGCGACACCAGCGUUUUUCUGCUGUCCACCCGUGCCGGCGGUCAAGGCAUCAAUCUUGCGUCUGCGGACACUGUGCUAUUAUUUGAUAGUGAUUGGAAUCCGCAGCAGGAUUUACAGGCACAAGAUCGAGCACAUCGGAUUGGACAGACUCGACCAGUCAUCGUCUAUCGAUUCGCAACAAAGGGCACCGUUGAGGAAAUGCUUCUAGAGAAGGCAGACAGCAAACGAAGGCUAGAGAAGCUUGUAAUACAGAAGGGGCGUUUCCGCAAUUUGAAGGGCGGAGACGGAGCCGACUUCUCUGAGCUUCAAGCCUUGCUUAGCCGGGAUGACGGUGAACACAUUGACAUCACUAGUGGCAAAAGCCUUCUUACGGAUGCAGACCUCGCGGUCCUCACGGACAGGAGUCCCGAGGCUUUCGAACGGGCCGAGAAAGGUCUCGAGACUGCUGGUGACAUGUUCAAGGCUGUCCAAACGGACAAGAACGGAGGUGGAUUGCUGAGGAGUCUUGAGAAAUAA